UGCCUGACGUUUCUCCUUGGCAUGAGCAGCACUUCCCCGCUUUCUAAACAUUCCAAACGUUAUAGUUAAGUUCAUGUAGAUUAAAUUCUUUUUUAUUUUCAUUUGAAAAAGUAGGAAAUUUGUAUUGGUUACCGGCAAGGCGAAUAGGAAGUAAGGAACAAUGUCUCUUGCAACAAAAAGUGAGAAAAAGAACUUGGAGUUCGUUUUUAAAAGCCUUUUUUCCGGCGGUGUUGCUGGUAUGUGUUCGAAAACUGCGGUUGCACCGUUGGAUAGAAUAAAAAUAUUGUUACAAGCGCACAGUCAACAUUACAAGCAUUUAGGCGUUUUUGCUGGACUAAAAGAAAUAGUUCAACGUGAGGCUUUUUUUGCCUUGUACAAAGGAAAUGGUGCCCAAAUGGUCAGGAUUUUUCCUUAUGCUGCGACACAAUUUACUGCCUUCGAGAUAUACAAAAAGUAUUUAGGAGCAUUACUGGGUAAUCACACCCAAUUAGAUAAAUUCCUGGCUGGUUCAGGAGCUGGAGUAACCGCCGUAACUUUGACGUAUCCACUUGACACCAUAAGAGCGCGUCUGGCAUUUCAAGUCACCGGAGAACAUGUUUACACCGGAAUAGUGCAUACGGCUGCUAGUAUUUUUAAUCAGGAAGGUGGAAUCAAAGCCUUAUACAGAGGAUUUAUGCCUACAAUAUGCGGAAUGGUUCCAUAUGCAGGCUUGUCAUUUUACUCUUUCGAAAAGUUGAAGUUCUUCUGUAUGAAGUACGCACCAACUCACUUGUGCAACAAGUGCAACAGAAAUACUGGCGGAUUAGUCCUGACGUUGCCAGCCAAGCUGCUGUGCGGUGGCUUUGCAGGGGCAGUUGCUCAAAGCGUUUCUUAUCCCUUAGAUGUAACUAGACGGCGAAUGCAAUUAGCUAUGAUGAACCCGGACACCCAUAAAUUUGGGUCGGGAAUGAUUGCGACAAUGAAACUUAUUUAUCUGGAAAAUGGAAUCAUCAAAGGACUUUACCGUGGAAUGAGUAUAAACUAUCUUAGAGCUGUCCCCAUGGUAGCUGUAAGUUUUUCUACGUACGAAUUAAUGAAGCAAUUGCUCGAUCUAGAUACAGGUAUGAAGUUAUAAAUAAAAAAUCAGUCAAUUAGGGAGACUGUAGAAUAAUUGAUUAUUGUUGUUGGGGUAUAUUUUUAUAUUUUGUAUAUUACAAAAAUGGAUAAUACAUCUGUGAACAAGUUAAUCCACAAAGAGUAGAACGGUAUAAAUGAAUGUUAAUAUGAAAAGCACAAUUGUUUAUGUGAAUUUUUUUGAUUUGUAUACAAAAAGUAUAAUACAGCAAAAUUAGUAAUAUCUAAAGAGUCACGUGCGGGAACUGUAUCAAAUCUAAAUUUACGGCUCUGAAAAUAUUAUUGAUGAAUCUGAAUAUAGUAAUAGGAAACAGAAACUUACUGAACAGAAUAUUCAAGCUCUCUUUCUGUGUAACGACUUUUCUAAUUUGCUGGACUGAAUUUUUUCACUAUAUUAUUCAAUGAAGUUUAUGUAACUCUAUCAAGUCAAUAAUGCUUCAAGAGUAAUGGGGUCUUAAGACUAAGACACCGCAGUUGUGAUUUGGGCAAUAUCAUGAGUGAAUCGAUAUUUGAGUUGUAACUCGACAACAAAACGUUACUCCAACAUUGCCACAAUAAAUAAUGUACCUGUUUAGUUAUGCAGGAAUUCUAUGCUAAGAGAAUUUGACAGCAAUGAAAAUGGUCAUUAAUUGUUGUCAAGUUAAAUGAAUAAACAUACAUUACCUAUAUCGUAUAUUGACGAUUUUUCUUUAAGCGUUAGUCUUUAAUCUUUAUAGAAUAACGGAUUAGUAUUAAUCAAAGAACAUUUGCUGCUUGAGAACUUAUAAUGUCAAACAUUUGUCAAGCGGGUGUUUCAACAUGUCAAUAAUUUAUUGAAAUAGGAUUGUAAGUAAGAUGCAAAAUGGAAUUUGCAAGUUCUUGCCCAACCCGAAUAGGUGAAUAAUCAUGACAAAUUUUGAGAUCUUGUUCCACUUGUUACGGUACUUAUCAUGUGGAGUUACCACAAUAAUAAAACUGACUUAGAUAUUGUUGAGUUAUUACACCAUACACUAAGACAAAAAUUAUGCAAACAUCUAUUUGAUGUAUCCGAAUUCAUGUUGAAAA